GGCUACCUCGAGGAGGCCAGGGCCCUUGGCACGAUCCUCGGCUUCGACCUCGCGGGCGUCGUGGGCCUCCCGGGCGACAAGUGGUACGUGAGCGACCCCACCUCGUCGCACUUCGGGGAGGAGGUGCCGCCCCAGGUGCUCGCCAACGAGGAGGUCCUGGUGCGGCGCGGGGACGUCGGGCUCGCGCGGCUCGACGACGUCUGGAUUCACGCGAUCAAGGUGAGCGAGGGGCAGAACUUCGACACGUACCUCGCGAGAGCUCGCGGGGGAGCUGGCCGGGACCCGCGUGUCGUCGGCGACGAGAGGGACCAGGACGGAGGCAGGUACAUCGACUUCCGCGACUCGGUCCGCCGCAUGAAGGAGACGACGAUCCCGGGCUGGCCUCUGCAGGGCCGCCGUGCCACGAGGGAGGCUGUGCUCUCCCUUCGCGACGGAGGUCAGGGCAAUUGGGAGGAGCACCACACCACCUGGCUCCGACGCAGCGGAGUGGCCGAGCGAGGCAACGUGGCCCGCGAGCACCACAUGAUUUGCGUGUCUCUUCGGAUGAUGCAGCAGUUCGAUCAGCUGGACCUGUUCAACAUCGCGGGCGCCGAGUACCUCGUCAGGCGGCUCAAGCAGCUGGAGUCGGCCACCCGCAAGAACCCUCGGGCUCCCGAUUUCGAGGGGCUCGACCUCAUCCUCGACACGGGGGUCGACGACACGGGUGGCAUGGUGCUGCCAGAGUUCGAUGGAUGGGUUGGCGAUCAGGCGCGCGCCCGCGCCCAGACUACGAAGGCGAAUCGGCAGUGGCAGGAGGAGAGGACGGCCGCGCAGCCCAAGGCGCCCCCGAAGGGGCCCAAGGGCGGCGGGGCCGACGCUGGCAACGGGUGCUCCAGCGACGCUCUCGUGAACACCGUGUUCGUGAGGCAGUUCGCUCGAUCAACUGUCUCGCCGCCUGCACGGUGCGCCAUCGUGGCCGCGGGCCAGGAGCUCCUCAAGUCCGACUCGCUCUACGGAGGCGCGCCGUCCAAGGUCGUCCCGUACGAGGAGUCCAAGCUCAAGUUCUGGCAGUCCUCGGUCACGCCUCGAGACGUGGAGGAGGUCUGCCCCAAGUUCGUCGUCGACGCCUUCCGCGACCCCGACGCCUACAUCCGCAAGCCGGACCGCGUGGUGGAGCAGGACCUCGAGCUCCUGCCGCCGAUCAAGCCGUACUGGGACGCGCGGCUUGCCAGCGACGCCCGCCUUCGGCGGGACUUCCUCCUCAGGCUCGCGGGGCGGGGGCUGGUCGGCUUCCGGAGGCGGAUCAGGUCACGCGUGGGGUGUUUCUUCGUCGAGAAGAAGGGCGGCUGGAUCCGCCUGGUCGUCGACGCUCGCGACACCAACCGCACCCACUGGGCGCCCCCGCAUGCCGCCCUCGGGACCCCGGCUGCCCUCAGCGAGCAGGACUGGUCCGAUGCUGCGCUCGCGGACGCCGGAUGGGUUAGUGCUGACGGCUCGCCUGCUCAGAUCUUCGGGUCGUCCCUCGACCUCCAGGACUCGUUCUACCAGUUCUUCUCGGAGCGCGUCGCGGAGGAUUUCGGGAUGGACUUUCCUGAGCGGGCGUCCUACUACCAGGUCUCCCACAUCUGGACGCCCGACGGCCUGUCCCCUGUCGACCCCGACGAGCUCGUGUUCCCGGUCUUCCGCGGGGUGCCGAUGGGGUGGUCAUGGGCACUCUGGGCCGUGCACUCGUCCGUCACGUCCUGGGUCUCGGACACGCUGCCGGGGGGUGCCCGACGCCUGCUGCUUGACAAGCAGCCGGCUCCCGUCGCGGCACCCUUCCGCCCCACAGGGUCGGUCUACGUGGACAACGUCUCGUUCCUGGGCCUCUCGAGCGACGACGUCGGGCACGCGCUGCAGGCCGCGAAGGACAAGCUCGACUCGCUCGGCAUCGCGCACCACGAGGUCGAGGGCCCGGCCACGCACUUCACCACCGUCGGCGUCGAGUACGACGGGAGGCGGAGGCGUCUGCGGCAUUCAGAUCACCGAGCCUGGCGCCUCUAUUUGGCCUGUCAGGAGCUCGAGCGCCCUGGGGUUCCGCGCGCGGCCUGGCAGAUCCGUGUGUUCCUCGGGCACUGUGUGCAGCACUGCCUGCUGCUGCGGCCGGCCCUCUCGAUCUUCCGCCUGCUCUACCGCUUCGUGGACGCGCAGGGUCAGGGGCCUCCAGUCGCGCUGUCUGCUGGGGCCCGCCGGGAGAUCCAGCUCUUCAGGGGCCUCAUCUUCCAGGCCGUCGUCUUCUUGGACCGGCCGAUGUCCUCCCUGGUUUUGUGCUCCGACUCGUCCGAGGCAGGCUACGCCCUCCAUCGCCGACGCGCUGACGUUCGACUCCUUCGGCAGCUGGCUGCUGCCCGGGAGAGGUGGAGGUUCGUCCCCGACGAGAAGCGCCCCGACGCGGCGCUCGACGACACCUUCUCCCCGGGCUGGGCGCCUGGCGCUGGAGGGGCGCUGGGAGAGCCGCCGGGCGCUACAGGCGUGGCCGUCUGGGCCCCGCCGCCGACGCGCUCGAGGGAGGGCGCCCGAGGCGUGCUCAAAGGCCGGCUCAGACCCACUGUGCGGCCUGCUGGCGUCUCCGUGCCCGACAGCCUCGUCGAUCCCAGGGACUGGUCUCUCACCGUCGAGGGCGCCUGGCGCCGCACGGCCCCCAUCCACCUGCUGGAGGGCCGCAUCGCCCUGGGCGGCCUGCGACACGCCGCCCGGCAGGUCGACUGCCACGGCUCCCGGGUGCUCAGCCUGGGCGACAACAUGUCGGAGCUCCUCUCCGUCGAGAAGGGGCGAGCCGUGGACCACGGCCUCGCCUGUCUGUGCCGGCGGGCCGCCGCCUACCAGAUCGCCUGCGGGAUCUCCUGGCGGCGCCGGCACCUCGACACGGACCGCAACCUCAGUGACGCGGGGUCGAGGAAGGCGCUGCAGGGCGUCUACCGCCCAG